AUGCAUUGUGAUGAUAUUGAUUAUAUCAAUGCUGAAACUAAACCAGGUUCCAGACCCUUCUCCCUAAGACAGUUUGCUGUUGAUGCUAGGAGGAAAGAUAUUUUUCAGUGUUGGCCAUUUCCAAAGAAAUACUUGCAAGUUUGUCUGAAAUAUGGUAUCACGAAUGUGUUACCACCCUUUGAACUGUGUAUUAAUCAGACUACUCAAGCGAUGAACAAGAACAUCGGCCAGACAUGUUCUGAUCAACAAUGUAAAGAUCACGUUUCCUUUGAAAAUAAGGUGGUUUUGCAGGAGAAAUUGAUCAAAGAUGAGUGUAAUUGUUACUAUGAUCAGAUGCUGCUAUCAAACACCCCCUGCAACGAAAGCAACUUAAGUUUUGAUCACACUUCAGAUGUCACAGUUCCAGUAACUCGAGAAUCGAGUUCCGUACAAGGUUCUAACCCCGAUGUUCACUGGAGAAUCGAUAUGGUUUCCCCCAAGAAGACGAGACACAAGCAAAAAAAACGUAAAGGGAGACAGAAGAAACGGUUGAUUUCGGAUAUUUUAGCAAGAGCAACGCCAUGUACUUUGGAGGAUUAUAGUAUUAGAUGUAACUCAAUAACCCUCUCUAAUGAUGAUGAAGAAGCCAUUGAUGACAAAUUGUCAAGCAAAGAUGUUAGGGUUCUAACCAUAAAGUUUGGUGGAUGCAUAUCCAAGACAUGGAACAUCAAUUAAGGUACAUUUUCUGCUAUAAUUUUUGCAUCAAAUGUUAGUGUUCUAAUUGUAUUCUUAAAGCUUUCUAAAGUAACCAAUAUACAUACAUAUAUUAUAGGUUAUAAGAAAGUACUGCUUGUAUUUUCAUUGAUUAUCCAUGUUACUCGGAUUCGGGUGUAAUAUAUGAGUGCAGUCCGGCAUUGAUACGUUUGAUUUUCUCUAAGUUUUUCCAUUUAUUUAGAGAUGCUUGAAGGGUCAUAUCCUCGUAUGUGUAUUCAUAUACCAUACCAGAUUCGAGAUUAAUUGGUAGUUUUGAUGGGUUGAUGGUGAA